AUGAUAACUGUACAAUAGCCCACUUUGGAAAAGAGCGGUAGCCUGGAACCGAAGUCGCCACGCAAGCGCUUAUGGGAUUGUUUGGGGGGACGCUCAAGUCGGCCAUCUUGAAUUAUGCCCAAGCACGUAAGUUGUUGUGUGCCUUUGUGCACCAAUAAUUUCAGAAACUCCUUCGGAUUGCUGUUUUAUCGAAUUCCAAAAGAUGAAAGUAUUCGCAGAGAAUAUGUCCGUUUACUAAGAAAUGAUAAUUUGAAGAUAGAGUCUGACAGUACACGCGUUUGCUCUGCGCAUUGGACUGGAGGUAGUAAGCUCAGCAGAACUCACCUUCCAUCGAUAUUUCCUUGGAGCAAGAAGGAAAAGGAGCGACGGAUUUUGUCCAGAACGGAAGUGACUGCAAAUACAGCAAGCAAGAAAAGAAAAGUGGACGUGGGAUCUUCUACCGAAAUUGACGAAGGGACUCUUAUUGAAAUUGAUCACGAGGAGUUCAUUCCGGCCUCUUUUUGCGGUGCAGCGACACAAACUGAAAUGACUGUAGAAAUGCUGGAUCGAAUGGAAGCCGAACUUAAAGAGAUGAGAGAGGAAAAGGAAAGGUUGGCAAGGGAGAGAGACGACGAGUUAUCAAGGGAGUUAAAGAGACUUCAGCAUGUAACGAAAAAUCAGAAAUUUGACAUUGUAAAAUUUAAGGACAGCCCUGAAGAUGUCGAAUUUUACACAGGCCUUCCCCACUGGGAUGCACUUAUGCUCCUUUAUGACCUGGUCAGUCAGAAGGCUCAGAACCUGAACUAUGGCAGUUACGAAAAGAAAGACAGUGGUUCAGAGCAAAAGCUUGGAAGGCCCAGAGCAUUGACUUUAUUUGAAGAGUUUGUUUUGACUUUAAUGAGACUUAGGCUUGGCUUGUUUCAAAAGGAUCUUGCACACAGAUUUAAUGUUUCUGAAACUACUGUUUCUGUUGUGUUUAACACUUGGAUUCGGUUUAUGAGGAUUGAACUGGAGCCUUUAAUUUGCCUCCCCAGGAGAGAGCUUCUACAUCAGUUCAUGCCAAACAUUUUCAAGGAACUUUAUCCAAGGACAGUUCUAAUUAUUGAUGCUGUUGAAAUUCGAGCAGAGAGCCCCUCAUCACUUGACAUGCAGUCAGUGUGUUAUUCCUCGUAUAAAGGAACAACAACUAUGAAAGGACUAGUUGGUCUUUCACCCACUGGAGCCCUGGGAUUUUUAAGCGAGCUUUACACUGGUAGCAUAAGUGACAAGGAGCUUACCAAAAUGUCUCAUGUGAUUGACUACUUGCAUCCUGGGGACGAUGUCAUGGCAGACAAAGGCUUUGACAUACAAGAUGACUUUGCUGCAAAAGGGGUAACUGUAAACAUACCUUCUUUUCUUAAAGGAAAAACUCAGUUCAGCAGAGAAGAAAUGGCACACAACAAAAAAAUUGCUAGCCUGAGAAUACAUGUUGAGAGAUGUAAUGAAAGGAUGAAAAACUGGCAUAUUUUUGACAGCAGAAUUCCUUAACAUUGGCUCCUAUUGCUAGUGACAUGUUUAUAAUCAUAGGGGCACUUACAAACUUUUUACCACCUCUCAUUGAUUAAAGUGUAAUGCAUGAUUCCAGAAAUGUCCGUACUUCCCCAUAGGAGGGUUUUUUCAUUUAAACCCUUCCAACCCCCGCUGCCCCCCCCCGGAAUUUCUAGUUUGCCUUCAUACUUUCCCUAAUAAACUUUGGCUGUUGGGUCCCCCUCCCCUCAGAUUUUCGAAGCCCUUUCAUUGGGUGAGUAUGGACUUUCUGGAACCAUACAACAAUUUUUCACUUUCUACUUGUACAUAAAGCAAUGUUUUUCUCCAAGCAGAUAGUGGAAUCUUAUUUAAUAACCUUUCUUGAUUUGCCUCAUCUUCAAUAAUAUGCAAGAUUGUUCACUCAGACUUUGAUUAUUAUGUAUUAUAAUCUGUGUAUUUGAGCUCCUUCUGUUAAAAAAAAAAGCAUACACACAAAAGUAAAUUACACACGUUAAAUUUCUUGGGGAUAUUAUUUUAGAUUUAAGGUUCAGCCUUGUUUACAUGGAGUGAGUUUUAUCUUAUUAAUGCCUUUCAUAGAACUUUCCCGAAUUCAACCUAAGUGAUUACGAACAAUGAUUUCAAGUCAAUUCUGGCGCAGACAAAAUUAUUGUAAAUUUAUCAAACCACAUGAAAAUUGUUCACCCCAACCUUGAAUUAAAAUCAUUAUUUGUGGGCAUCAAGGCCAAUGUAGGAAAGUAAGUUCAACAACAUACCAGUUUAGCAAAUUAAUUAUGUACGUCAGUCAACAUCCUCUCAUGUCAAAUCUUGAAAGGCCAUAUUUAACACGCGGAUAAGCAAGUUCUACAAGAAUGUGCUCAUUGUAAAAUGCCUCCAGUUUUGGGAGCACUGAACUCCAGAAUUUACGAUCAAAGUUUACUGUCGAAAUGAAAACACCUUCAAUGUCUACAAAUGAUCUGUCUGUAAGCUCUUUAACUCCCUUAAUCACCAGAUCCACCCAUGAUUUCUCUGUAACAAACAACUGUUGCUGGACUUGAUAGUGAUACUUGUGUUUCUGGUUGAUAACCAGCUGUCCAUCAGUUGAACCAGGAAGAAAGAUUCUUUUUCUGAUAAGUCCAUCAUGCAAAGUCUCAUUCUCCUUUAGGAAGACAAGUUUUAUUUCAAUAAGUCCACUGGAACUUGGCUCAGUGGAGUCGGCAUUGUAUACUAAGCCAUCUGGAGAUGCAGCCAAGAAAUUAUGUGAUUUGCUGAUGAAAAGUCCACAUGGUCUCACUAGGACAUUUUGAUUGUUCAGUUUCCUUGAUUUGAUGUAUUCUGCAAUAACAGCACCUUCUCUUGACAAGCCCUCUUUCAUAUAAAUUGUUUGAGGGAUCUGCUUGUAAUGUAAGACUUCACUAAUGGCCUUUGUAAGGGAGGUAGUUGCUUGCAGAGUGGCAAUUUGAUGGCAUUUAGAUGCAGUUAUUCUUAUUUUUCGAUGCAGAUUCCAGUUUUCAUUUACUGAUUGGCCCAUGGUUUCUUUUUUUCAAUUUGAUCAACAUCCUUUUCAUCAGCAAAGAGCCUUUUCUUAACUUUUAUGCAUGCACCUUUCCUUUAUUUCUUCCAAACUCACUGGAUGGCAUUUCACUGGUGAUAACAGUUCAGUUGACACUGGACUACCAUUUCCUUGUUCUGGUUCAACUGGUUCAAUGUGAGUCAAGGGUGUGCAGUAAUUAUGUUCAACCAAAAUCAUUUCUUUAUUUUCCUCCAAAGUUUUCUGCGGUAAAAUGAGACUUAAGGCCAUUUUCUUGCCUGUCUUAUUCUCAAUCUCCUUGACACGGUGCAAUAAAUUAUACAUGUCAGUGUUUGUAUUCGGGUACUGCUGGUGUGGUGCUGUAACAUCCCUUGUUGAUGGAGGAGAUUUAUCCUCACUCUUGCUUAGUUUGCCAUGUUGAUGUUUUUUAAAUUUGGCUUUGGCAAUUGGCAGAUUGUCAAUCUUUCUUUUUCUUGGGACAUUCCAUGCACAUGGCUUUGAAGUGCAAGAAAGUGCAGGGGUUAAGGAAGGAUUUACAGGUGCUUUACUUUGUUUGAAGAACUCCUCCAGUGCAAAUAGUGUUGAAGUUACAUGGUUGCAACGCCCGUCAACUCCAGCUGGGCAACCAUCAUAAGCUGUUACUACACUGCCAUCUUUGUUGAAAACAAUGAAGCAAUUAUACAACACUGUCUUUUUCAUUGAUGGAAGAACUUGACUUUUAACAUAAAACUUUCCGUCAGAUUCCCUGCAUUUAAUGCUAAGGACAUGGCCAGAUUUAAAAAAAUUGUAUCCCUUGACAAGAGGUUUUGCUGUGGAUAAUUGCUUCUUAGCAUCACUCUCUUCAAUCAUGUACCUCCAUAUUGUACCAAAUGAUAUAGCAGGUAAAAUAUUCAAAUCCUUUGUAAAUCCGUCCACUGGAAAGUUUUCUUUGAGUUUUUUAGCGUUAAUUUCUUCCAUGAGUCUCAGGUCUGCCUUAGCUUUAGCCAAAUGGAUUCCACCAUCAGGGUCCUUUAUCUUCGAGCUUAGGCCACCAGCAAUAUAGUCUUUUACCCUGAAACACAAUAGACAAAACACGAACGUAUUAACAAUGUUCUCAGAAAAUUGUCGACUAGCAUCGUAAUGUAAAGCACAGGGGGCAAUAAUAAGAGUUCUUGAAUAAUUUCAAAGCUUUCUUACCUUUGAACAAGCUGCAUUUUCUUUCUAGUUGUUUUAGCUCUACGGCAAAGAAGCCAUCGCUGCAGCUGUUUCACGGUGCAUUCUUCUGGUAUUUCCCGAGGUAAAAUUGCUCCUGGUACAUCUUCUUCUCUCAGCUUUACGCUGUCAGAUUUGUUUCUUUCGAUAACUUCGACCUUAUCGCUAUUUUGCUCUGUUAAAACCUUGCUGUCACUAUUACAUUCCGCGCUAAAUUCCGCCAUGUUUUUGUUUUACUUACGUCCCCCCAAACAGUCCCAUAAGCGCUUGCGCGGCGACUUCGGUUCCAGGCUACCGCUCUUUUCCAAAGUGGGCUAUACUUUAUUGACUGUGCCCCUCAGUUUGGUGGCUGUCCUUUAAUAGUAAGAGGCGACUGUGGAACUGAAAAUGUACACAUUGCAGCAGUUCAGUGAUUUCUGAGACGGAAUUCUCAGAAUCACCUUGCAGGAGCAAAAAGCUUUAUGUACAGCAAAUCUGUAGCUAACCAGAGAAUUGAGGCCUGGUGGUCCUUCCUAAGAAAAAGUAACACUGAUUGGUGGAUGCGUUUUUUUAAAGUUUUAUCAGAAACUGGGCAUUUUGACAACAGCAAUGUAAUGCACAUCGAGUGCCUGUGAUUUUGUUUCAUGGGCUUACUUCAAGAGGAGUUGCAUAACGUGGCAGAGACCUGGAAUUUGCAUCAAAUAAGACCCUAUAAUAGGGAAACGCCUCCUCCUUUGUACCACAUGAGGCUGGUGCUCUCAAUUAUAAAGUCAAUAUUUGGAAAAAUGACUUAGUUGUAGUGGAAAAUAUGUGUGGCAACAGAUCUCAUCCUCUUGGUUGCUCUCUGUUAUUUGUUCACCUCGCAGAAUUGAUAAUGGAAGAUGACAGCUUGCAAAUGCCCAGGAACCCAACUGUUUGA